AUGGCGAGUGCUCGGGGGGGCCAGGGAGGGACCAGAUGCCUCUCUGAUAUCACCAUUGCUCGAAGGAAUGUUUUCCCACCACAAAGCUUAUGUCUUCUGCGCCCUGGAAGUCAGUCGGGGAUGUUUACACUUUCAGGUGAUCCGAAUAUCCCUCCACAGCUGUUAGAAAUGUAUUUCCCAGAGGGCUCGUGCAUGGAUAUCAGCAGGGAUAUUGCGAUUACACUGUACCGCGAUCUUUACGACCGCAUAUGUGAGCUGGAAUCGGAGGGGCCGGAGCCCCAAAACAAAACGAAGCCCUCUUCGAAGAACUCUAGUGAUAGAAAAUACCGUUUUAGCGGGGAAAAAGGUUGCAGGACGGACGAUGUUGCAAGCUCCGGUACUGACAUCAAGGUAGAGGAAACCAAACUUACCAAAGAAGGGGACAAGCCUUCGAGUACUCUCAGAAGACGGGCGGUUAUUAGUAGCCGGAGCUUCAUUGAUGCGGUGUUGACAGGAGAAUGUUCAGCCAGGAACUUGGGGAGGGAGGAUCUGAAUGCGAGUCAAGAAUCUAGAGAUAAUGCUGUUCCAGAACAUGAUGACGGCGACGGUGAUGUGAUGUUUGUCAACAAUGAGAAUUACGCUCAACAAGUGGAUCGAGAUGUUCACGACCAACUUAGCAAUCUUUACGCUCAAGGUAGCUCUUUCAGAAAGUCAGUUGCCAAUACCUCUCGGCCCACCUAUCUUCCAUCAACCUCUCCCAUCAAUGAACACCAACAUUCAUCUCAGACCAUUCUGGGGAUUUCGUCAACCUCCCCCAGCCAGUGUCUACCAAUCAACCUAUUUGAGGUCCAGGAGCCUCAAUUCCCCACAUUCAACCUCGAAUCUGUUCCACGGGGAGCCUUGGCUGCUGCCAUCAUGGAAUUCCCGGCAAGGGAUUCCAUUGAACAGUUUGUCAUGACGGAAGGGUACCAAGAACAACCCACCACCGCGGAAAACGUUCUAAAUGUGCUUCCGGGACUGGACAGUGAUUCCAAGGGUGAUGAGAUCCUGGCUGAGCCGCUUGGGGGGAUUAUCGUUGAACGAGAGUUCAACGAGAUCUUCCCACGGCUCACGGGUUUUGCACCCGUUGGCCCGUUCAUCCCGUCGGCGGUCAGAGAGGGCAAUACAGCCGAUCCAGUGCCGGAGUGCGUCCCACCUUAUGACGCGGGGGACAGAUACCGCGCUGGGGGGUCUGACAGCCCCCCUCUUGCCCUCGCGGGCAGUUUAUUUGUUGCGGAGCCUCGUGCUCCACUCCUUGAAGAGGAGUAUGAGGACGUCGCCAUUGUGGCGGCAUCCUCAGCUGGAGGUAGGUACUGGGGGGGUGAGACCUCCUCAGUACCGCAAGAUAGUACUGGCAGGAAACCAGAUGGUUCCUUCCGGUGGCCUGGUAUUGACUACUAG